AAGACACCCAACCACAUGACUUUCUAGAAGAAUUAAUGACGCGACACAGCGGUUCCUUCCACACCUAUGUCUCCACGGAUAGGAAGGGAGGAAACGUCAAAGCGUUAGGCUCAAACCUUACCUGAAUGCGCCCCACUUCCCCUCUUCUUCUCUCUGUUUCCCGGCCUUUUAUUAACGCAGUCUCCUCCUUAUCUCUCCUUUCCAGACCCCUUAUCCCUCUCAAUUCCACUCGCAAUUCCAAGGCCAGUUCCGAAUUCCAGACAACAGCGAGUAAGCGAGGAUAGAAGAAGAAAACGAGAAUAAGAAGGAAUAAAGAUGGAAGAAGACAGGGGAAGCCAGACCGUUAUGUUUUCCCCCAGCACUCGAGAGGCGGAGCCAGAGGACGCCGGCGAAAGCCUCACCGCCGUCGUCGAUUCCCCCCAGAAGAUCUCCGCCGCCGCGGAGCAUCACUGCGAGGUAGAGGAGGACGAUGACGAAGACACGAGCGAGGACUUUGAGUUCGCGUUCGUGAUCAAAGAUCCGGAGUCCAGCUCGACGAUCACCGCCGACGAGAUCUUCUACAACGGACAGAUUCGCACCGUAUACCCGGUCUUCAACCGGGAUUUGCUUCUCGCGGCCGGCGGAGGCGAUGGCGGCGAGGCGGUGGAGGAUAAGGCGGUGCGGAUGCCGUUGAGGAGGCUGCUGAUUGAGGAGAGGAACGCGUCGUCGAGGUCGGCGUCGGCGUCGUCAUCGUCUGAGAUGGACGAGCUGGAGGGGAUCGAUCCGGGGACGUACUGCGUGUGGCGGCCGGGGUCGGUGCCGCCGUCGCCGGCGCAGUGCAAGAAGAGCAGCUCCACGGGGUCGUCUUUCCGGUGGCGGAUUCGGGACCUCAUCAGGAGGAGCCGCAGCGACGGGAAGGAGAAGUUCGUAUUCCUCGCGCCAGAGGAGAAAAAACCUAGCCGGAGCUCCGAGAAGAAGAAGAGCAUGGGGGAGGCGGCGGCGGCGGCAAACAGGGAGGGGGAGAAGAAGGAGAAUGGGGGUGGGGGUGGGGUGACCGAGGAGGAGAGGAAAGGGGGGAAGAAGGGGGGUGGGGUGACCGAGGUGGAUGUGGUCACCGCCCACCGGAUCUACUACCGGAGUAGGAACGGAGGCGGGCAAACGGCGACGGGCGGGUGGCGGUCGUUCCUACCGUACAAGCCGGACCUUGUCGGUUUCCUCGCCAAUGUGAGCGGGCUGAGUCCUGCUCACCGCCCCUACUAAUUUUCCUUUUUCUUUUUGUUUUUAUUUUUAAGAGGUAUUAUCAUCUUGGAUUUUUAUCUUGCUAGACACUAGGUUACGGGCGCCUUGUUACCUGUAAAUUUUGUGGUUUGGGUGGUGGGAGAACGACCGUUCAUAUUUAUCUAUUUUUAUGGACCGAUGAGUUUACCUUUGUUUUUAUUAGGUAAAGUUUGAGACAUUUGGGAUGUGCUUUUUGGAACUUAAAUUAGGUUGUUUUUCGGUUGAAGUAACAUAUAUAAUAUGAUAAUGUAUGAUUUGUGAA